AUGGAACUAGAAAAUGUGGCCGAUCUGGAUACUCCCAAAUUAAUUUCGAAGUCUGAAUAUGUUGAAUCUUCUUCAUAUAACAAAAGUCCACUAAAUAGAAAGAAAGCUUUGUACCAGCUUGAUAACUCGGCUACAAAGAAAAGAAAUAGGAACUCCACGUCAUUAACACCUACAAUAGGGACUCCUGGAAGUACUCCAUACUCCCUAAGAUCUCGGUCAAGGGCCUCAAUAGAUAACUCGGGUAGUAAAGGAGAUAGCCAAUUAUCAGCUAAUGAUGCAGUACAAAAAAGUUUAUCUUUAAAAGAGACCUCAACAGAAAGAAAACGUUUAAAUUUGGGAAAGAAAAAGAGUAUACUACCUCCUCUAGAUCUUGGGAUCAUACUUGAAGAAGAGGAAACAGUUUAUGAUGGAAGUGGCGAUAGUAGUAAUAGAAAGAUAAAUACAUCAAAUACAAGCUCAAGACGUAGAAGACAAAUACAAAUUGGUGAUAAUAAGAUCAAGAGUUCUAGUGAAUUUAUGCCAGCAGAUAUUAGAGAUAGUGAAGAUAUACUAAAAAGAGAACAAAAUGAUCACAAGGUUAAUCAUUCAACUUCAGUAUAUGAAACAAUUGAAGCUUCGUCAACCCAAGGAUAUGUUUAUAAGACUCCAGUGAGAAGCAAAAAGGAUCCCAGUCCCAAACAGGCAGAAGAAUUGAAUGAAACGAGUGUAGUAGUCGAGAGUGAAAGGAUUUCUUCAACAAGAAUCAAGGAUAAUAGAAAAAGCAUCCUAAAGCAGUACGAUCCAGAUAACUCAAAUACAGCAACAUUAGCUAUAUCAAAAACUCCAAAAUCUCAGAAAAAAGUUCAAUUUAAAGUAAAAAAUGUUAUUAUUGAUUCAAAUAUACCAAAUAGUACUUUGAGCAAUUCUUGUGAGAGAAUGAGCUUAUUGAGUGACUUGGAUGAAAUAAAUAGUGGACAAUUAUAUAAUUUCCCAUCAUUAGAAGAAUUAAUUAGAACUGAUGAUAUUAAUCAUACAACAUCUGGUGCAAAUACAAAUGCUGAUAAUUUGAAAAGUAACGAUUCAAAUAGUAGUAUUUCAGAGUAUGCUAUAAGUGCAAAUUUAUCUGUGAGGGAUAAUGGUGGAGAUUCUAGUGGUAAUGACUCAGGGAAAUCUAUAUCUGUUAAAAGUGAUGUAAAUAAAAUUGAAACCCCUAUUUUGGAUAAUAUUAGUAACGUUAGUAGUUUUCUCAGCUCUAAAGAUGGUUGUGGUAAUGAUCACUCUUCAGAAGAUAACAAGUCAAGUCAUGAUACAGAUCGAAGCCAAUUUAAUCGCGAAGGAGAAGAUAAUUUACAAGUUAUAGGGAAUUCUACGAAAAGUGAAAUUUUGCAUCGCGAUUCUAUAGCUCCAAAUGUACCCGGAGCAUUUUUAUCUAUAGUGAUGAAAAAUCUCUCGUAUGUCAAUUUUUCAGUGGAAGAGAAUCAAGAUGAGUCAGCAAAAGAUGAUUCACUAAGUUUGACAAGUAAAUAUAAUAACCAAAAUGAGAUCGAAAUAGAGAAAAGAGAAAUAAAUGUGCAAAAACAAACCCAGUCUUCAUCUACUUGUUCAUUUUCAUUUAAUAAUGAAAUACCAAAUUUAUCUAAUUCUUUAUCAAUUUCAGCUGACAAGUCAAGUUUGAAUUUAAAAGAUGAAGUCAUAGAUGAGAAUCGAAUUUUGUAUAAUGAGCAAGAUUCUAACAUAUAUCCCAAUGCUGAAAUUAGAAUACUUGCAGAAAAUGAGGAUUCCAAUGAAUACAUAUCUACUUCAGAUAUAAGAAGUGUAGAUAAUUUAGAGAUUACUCUGGAAGCUAAGAAUAGCAAAAUUGCGGAUAAUAGCUUGAUAGAGGGAGAUUUGGUAUUAGAAAACAAUUCCAACAAUUUAGUUUUAAAUAAUGAUGAAAAGAUAGAAAUAGAACUAGAAGUAUCACAACAAGAUCCGAAUAUAGGUGGAGAUUUUGAAACCAAAUAUGAAGAUGCAAGCGAGAGGAUUAGCUACAAAACAACCGAAAAUAGAAAUGAUUUAAAUACUUCAGCUUAUUUUUCAACUCCCUCACCAUUCUAUUCAGAUAUCCCAGCAAAGACACAGUAUUUUUCAACACCUAAUACAGAUACACUAGUAACUAUAAAUGAUACAAUACCUCAAGGUUAUACAUGGGAUGAAUUUCAGUCUCUGUUAAAUUUAAACUAUUCGGAAAAUUUUAAUAUAUUAGAUUUUGAAUAUGAAAAUAAUAAAGAUACUAAUGACAGAAUUGAAAAGUGCAAAUUAUUAAUUAAAAGUAUUGAAGAUAUAUCAAGUGGUAAGAACGAACAAACAUUUGAUAUAGGAAUAACUGCGAGAUCUUUAACUGAAUAUGAACUUCAUUCUAUAAAUUCCCAGAUAUGGGAUAAAAUUGAAAAAAAUACACUUUUGGAUUUUUAUACAAAUGAAAUCUACCAAAAAUAUUUAAAACUUACUGAAGAGUUUUGUAAUAGCAAAUUGGCAAAAGAAUUGGCUACGAUAGUUAAUAAAAGUAGAUAUGGAACAAAAGAUGAUGAGAAAGUUAAAGAUGAGUUAGUAAAAAAUAUUGGAAGAUAUUUUGCAAGUAAUAUGUUUGCAAACAAAGCCUGGUUAGAAUGGAAGGAAAGAGUUAUUAUGCCACUCAAGCAAAAGGUUAUUUUGAAAUUAGCAGGAAAAAUUAGGCAAUACAAUGAUAUAUACCAAAUGUAUAGAAAUGAUAAAAACAAAAUUAAAAAUGCCUUUGUAUUGUUAUCAACACUUGAAUCAUGUCAUAUAUCAGAAAUGAAUGUUUAUGAGAGUUAUUGUAAUGCAAUUAAGAUAGUUAGAAAUAAUAUAAACAAUUAUAGAGAAGAGAUUAAUAGAAGCAAAAACUACAUAGAUUCUAUGAAUAAUAAAAAAAAAAACUUACGAACUCUUUUGAUGAAAGAAGAGGAAUUGACAAAUAGUUUAAAUCUAGAAUUAUUUAACUGGAAAAAUAAAAAAAGUAAACUUGAAAAAAAGUUAAUCUCACUAAAACAAAAAGAGGAGUUUGGAGGAUUUACAUGGAAUCAAUUUACAAUAAAUAGAUUUCAAGCAAAUAUUUUACCUUUGAUUAAUAACUCUAAAUAUUCAGUAAAACCGAAAAUUUCAAUCGAAUGGAAUAUUAAUGAGUUAAAUAAACAUACAAGAUCUCCAAUUCAAGAUGAGAAUGUUAAUAUGAAUAAUGGGAUUCAGAAUAAUAAUAAUCAGUCGAAAUUAAUGUGUAAUUAUUCAUCUGAUAAAACUAUCUAUUCAGUUAAUAUUCCAACAAGAGAAUCAAUGGGAAUAACUACUGAAUCUAAUGACAUCAAAUAUACAUGUCCUGUAAAGUUAGAAAUACAGCUGGAGGCAGAUGAAGAAUCAAGUAUAGAAUAUAGAAUGUAUUGUGGAUAUAUAGAAAUAAUAAAAUUAGUACUCAACUAUAGAUUGGGUUUAUUAUAUAGCAAAGAAAGAGAUCAAAAUAAAGAUAAUUGUAAUCAUAUGCUAAUAGUUUUUAUUCGCAGUAUAUUUCAAGCUUGUUUAAUAUUACUAUGGAAAGUAGAGUGUAUGAUAUAUGAAGUUAUGAAUAUAAAUAAAGUAUUCAACCUACUAACUGUUGAGAUUGAUAGUGAUAAUAAUAACAGCUUUAAAGGAGGUAGUGUACUAAGGAUGAAUAUACCAAUAUUAACAGGAGCUAUAAAUAUAAGUAGUAAUUCACCAAAUACUUUAGUGAACAAUUCCCCUUUAGUAAUAUCUCCAGCAUCUUCAGGUUUGUCAUCUCCUCAUGUUCCUUUACGUCCAAUAAUCCGUUUAAGUUUCAAUAUGGUAGAUUCUUUAUUUAAAUCUAAUGGUACACUUAUUGGAUCCAUACAAGAUAUGGACAUUUUAAAUGUUUUAGAGGAUACUCGUCUAAAUAUGAAGAGCUUAUUUGAAAAACAAAUUUUAGAGGUUACAAAUCCCUCAUGGGGAGAUAAUGCCAAAUCAAAUAAAGAAUGUCCAAUAUCUGCAGUUAAAAUUGGUAAGAAUUGUCUAUUAUCUAUAAUACAAAGUACAAUACAAGGUGGGGGUGGAAAUCAAUUCUUGUGGCAAAGGCCAUUAGAGCGAUUUGCUCCAAGGUUACUAAAUGCAGUGCAAAUAAGCAAAUUACAUAGUGAAUACUAA